UGCCAUUUAUUCUUAAGAAAAGGAGAAUUUCAACUGUGCUUAGGUUAGUUCCAACUUGCAAAGGGGGAAGGUGGGGUUUGACAUUUAAGAUCAGUGUUAAUGAUUAUGAAUAUUUGCAUUGCAAGUGACAAAAGAAAAGAAAAGAAGAGAAAAUCAAACUGGCUCAAACCAUGAAGAAAAUUUGCUGGUUUGGUUAAUAGAAAAGUCUAGAGAUAACUUCAGGUGAGGAUUGAUCCAGGAACUCAAUAAUGUCAUCAAGGACACAGAUUCUUUCCGUUUGUCUGCACUUGCUUUUGGGUGGCUCCCUAGAUGGGCCCCCGUUGGCUGCCAGCAGGUCCCGGGGCUACAGGCUUCCUCAUUCACAUCAAGCAAAGCAGAGAACCUUUGCCAGCUUUCUUUCUUCUGGAAAUUAAGGCUGACUCCAGUUCUCCCUGAAUCCCAUCUCCAGGAAACCCAGUGAAGACUCCACAAAAUGAAACCAGGACACCUCUGGCUGCAUCUCGCCCUGCUUGGCGUUUCCCUGCCAGCUGUGCUGGGGUGGAUGGACCCAGGAACCAGCCAAGGCUUGAACAUGGGUGUGGGGGACUCGCAGGCAGAGGAGUCCAGAAGCUUUGAAGUCACAAGAAGAGAAGGACUUUCUGGCCACGCUGGGAUGCCAGCCUCCUGUGGAAAGAAGUUCUGCAGCCGUGGGAGUAGGUGCAUGCUCAGCAGAGAGACGGGGGAGCCCGAAUGCCGGUGUCUGGAGGCAUGCAGGCCCAGCUACAUGCCCGUGUGCGGCUCCGACGGGAGGUUUUAUGAGAACCACUGUGAGCUCCACCGGGCCGCCUGCCUGCUGCGGAGGAAGAUCGUCAUCGUCCACAGCAAGGACUGCUUCCUUAAAGGUGACCCGUGCACCAUGGCUGACUAUGGCCGCCUGAAGAGUGUCCUGCUGGCGCUCCAGACCCGCCGGCGGCCAGUCCCAGGAGGUGACAGCCGGCAAGACCCUGCGUCCCAGAAGCGCCUCCUGGUGGAAUCUCUAUUUACGGACUUGGAUGCAGACGGUGACGGCCACCUCAGCAGCUCGGAGCUGGCUCAGCCCGUGCUGAAGGAGCAGGACCUGGAGGACGGCUUCCUUGGGUGCUCGCCGGGUGACCUCCUCCGAUUUGAUGACUACAACAGCGAUGGCUCCCUGACCCUCCACGAGCUCUACACAGCUUUCCAGGUGGUUCAGCUCAGCCUCGCCCCCGAGGAUAGGGUCAAUGUGGCCACAGUGACCGUGGGGCUGAGCACGGUGCUGACCUGUGCCAUCCGCGGAGACCUGCGGCCCCCCAUCGUCUGGAAGCGCAAUGGGCUUACCCUCAACUUCAUGGCCUUGGAAGACAUCAAUCCCUACUCAGGGGAGCUCACGGUCAGCCUGUUUGCAGGCUUUAUGAAGGGCGAGCAGUACUGCAUCCCGCCAGUCAUCCGUGUGUAUCCAGAGACCCAGGCACAGGAGCCCGGCGUGGCAGCCAGUCUGAGGUGCCACGCAGAGGGCAUUCCUAUGCCCAGAAUCACUUGGCUGAAAAAUGGCAUGGACGUCUCAACCCAGAUGUCGAAACAGCUCUCUCUUUUGGCCAACGGGAGCGAACUCCACAUCGGCAGUGUCCGGUAUGAAGACACAGGGGCCUAUACCUGCAUUGCCAAAAAUGAAGUGGGUGUGGACGAGGAUAUCUCGUCUCUUUUCAUCGAAGACUCCGCUAGAAAGACCCUUGCAAACAUUCUGUGGCGAGAGGAAGGCCUCAGCGUGGGAAACAUGUUCUAUGUGUUCUCGGACGAUGGCAUUACCAGCCUGCACCCCGCAGACUGUGAGGUCCAGAGGCACCUCAAGCCCACCGAGAAGAUCUUCAUGAGCUACGAAGAAAUCUGUCCUCAAGGGGAAGCAAAUGGCACCCAGCCCUGCCAGUGGGCAUCGGCAGUGAACGUCAGGCACCGGUUCAUCUACGUGGCUCAGCCAGCACUGAACAGAGUCCUCGUGGUUGACGUGCAAGCCCAGAAAGUCCUACAGUCCAUAGGUGUGGACCCUCUUCCAGCUAAGCUGUCCUAUGACAAGUCUCAUGACCAAGUGUGGGUUCUGAGCUGGGGGGAUGUGCACAAGUCCCAACCAAGCCUCCAGGUGAUCACAGAAGCCAGCACCGGCCAGAGCCAGCACCUUAUCCGCACACCAUUUGCACAAGUGGAUGAUUUCUUUAUUCCUUCAACAAACCUCAUCAUCAACCAUAUCAGGUUCGGCUUCAUCUUCAGCAAGGCUGACCCCGCCGUUCACAAAGUGGACCUGGAAACACUGGCGCUGCUCAAGACUGUCAGCCUGCAGAGCCACGGCUGCGUGCCACAGGCCAUGGGCCACACGCACCUGGGCGGCUACUACUUCAUCCAGUGCCAACAGGACCGCCCCGCUGCUGCCGCCCCCCAGCUGCUGCUCGACAGCGUCACGGAUGCCGUGCUGGGCCCCAAUGGUGACGUGACUGGCACGCCACAUGUGUCCCCCGACGGGCGCUUCGUGGUCAGCGCCGCUGCCACCAGCUCCCAGCUGCACGUGCAGGAGAUCACGCUCCAGGGGGAGAUCCAGACCCUCUACAGCCUGAAAAUAAGCCAGGGCGUCUCGGACGUGGCCUUCCAGCCCUCCUUCACCCACGGCGAUCAGUACUACGUCUACGCAGCCCUUGAGACAGAGCCAGACCUGCUGUCCCUGGAGCUGUCCACGGGGAAGAUGGGCGUGCUCAAGAACUUGAAGGAGCCGCCCACGGGGCCCGCAUGGCCUUGGGGAGGGCCCCGCAGGAUCGUGAGGGACAGCGGGCUCUUCGGACAGUACCUCCUCGUCCCCGCCCAAGAGUCCCUGUUUCUCAUCAACGGGAGACGAAACGCGCUGCGGUGUGAGGUGUCGGGCGUAAAGCGGGGGACCACCGUGGUGUGGGUGGGCGAGGUAUGAAGGAGCCCUGCGCAGAGCCCUGGGCCACCUUGAGCACCGCCGCGUCCUCACCACCGCAGCCCCAAGCAGGCGCCCUGUACAUUUUCACAGACAAACGCAAAACCUGUAUCCGCUUUGUGGUUCAGCACUGGCCUCCUUGCAAGUUUCCUAGUAUAAGGUAUGCGCUGCUAACCAGGUUGGGGUUUUUCGUUGGGAAGUAUGAUUUCUGCCUUGAGCUACGGUGAGAGCACACUCUGCCGCGGGAAGGAACCAUUUCUGGGCCCAGCUACACGCCAUGUUUCCUGGGGAACGCAGCGGAACCAAGAGCUCCUGCUUUCCAGGCUGACACUUGUGUCGGUUGCCUUCAUGUACUCAUUGUCCGUGGCGGCCGGGUCCCGCUGACCUCACCCUGACGGAGUGGCCCCGAAGCUGGACCUGGAAACGGGCCCCACGGGAGCCCAGGCCCUGGCUCCGGGCAUGAGAGCCACGGCCGCCCUCCUUCCAGACCUUCUUUUCUUCUGCGCAGCUGCUUCAUGCUUUUUUCCAUUUGACGUGUAAGCCUGAGAGGGAGAGCCAACCAGACUUCUUGCGUCUUGGGGGAUGGGGAAAUCACUUACUUUAUUUUGGAAAUUUUGAUUAAAAGAUAAUUUUUUAUAAUCUCAAAUGCUAGUAAGCAGAAA